UUCUCUUCUCUCUACAACCCUAAAAGCAUCGACGCCUCUGCCCUCAGCCCGAUCGACGUCGCUGGAACAACCGUCGACAAUACUUCUUCCACGCCGUUGUGUCCACUGCCGACGAAGGCCAACGCCUCUGAGUCCGAUGGUGCAGCCAUAAAUGUCCACCAACUUUGACGCCUCUUGCUUGGUAUCCAUCCACCGACCCUCAGCUCGACGCCUCGGAGUCCGAGAAUCGUUUCCGCCUCUCAGCACCGGGCCUCUACUGUUCAGGUCACACCUUCCUAUUUUUGCUUCAUUUAUUUUAAGUAGUUAAUUUUUUUUUUUUACAUUCCUAUGCCUCUACUGUUCGACUUUUCAAUUUUUUUAAUAAUUUCAAAUACUUUUUAAAACAAUUAAAUACCUUUUUUGGACUUUUGUGUUAUUAUGUCAACUGUAUGAACACAUUUUUGGUGUAUUUCGGACACUUUGUUAAAAUAAUUUUUUUUAAACAUUUGUUUUAUAACCUCGAAUACUUUUUAAAACAAAUAAAUACCUUUUCGGACUUUGGUGUUAUUAUGUCAACUGUAUGAACACUUUUUUUGGAGUAUGAACCAUCUUAUAAAACUGUUUGAACCAUCUUAUGAACAUAAAAAAAUCCCCCCUUUCACAUUAAACUCCAAUGUGAAACACCUUCUCAAGUAGUCUAUUAAAAUAAUUACGAAAAUAAUAAUUACGAAAACAAUUACAAAUAUUUAAACAACUAUUUACGGAAGUAAUAAUUAAAAUAUACAUAAUGAGAGGCUAUUUCGCACCUGUAAUUCCAAAUAUAAUCCCAUCUUUAAAAUUGAAACAAUACCUAAAAAAAAUCCCCCCUUUCACAUUAAACUCCAAUUCUCAUUUUAAUGUGUUACUAAAAAAAUAGUAUUUUUAAACAUCUUACACCUAUUUUAAUAUGUUACCAUAAACACCACCUAUAAAAAACACUUUAAUUAUUUCAAAACAAUACGUUAAACACCUAGUUUAAACAAUACGUAUUCUAAGAAUUAGUCUAGUCAAUAUUAUUGUUUAAUAUUUUACCAAAACGUGUUUCCAUUUAAUAUGUUACUAAAACACAACAUUUAAAAAAAACAGUUAAACAAUUAGUUACGAAAAUGAUAAUUAAAACAGACAUAAUAAGAGGCUAAUUCGUACCUAUAAUUCCAAAAAUAAUCCCAAAAAUAAUUACUACCUUUAUAAAUUUUAUACUAGUUAUUUUACUUACCUUUAUAAAUUUUAGAUGCCAAAUUCCUCGCGUAAUUCAAAUGCAUCAAAUCGAGGCCGCGGCCGUGGUCGAGGUCGAGGCGGAGGCCAAACGUCUCGCGAUCACUCGAUGGGAGACAAUGAUGGUUCGAAUAACAAUUCGGGUUAACCCGACACACGCAUUUCUGGUCAACUCUCUCAUGUGCGUGGGGGUGGGGGUGGUGGAACGUCCUCACAACCUCAGAAUGAGCGGGCCGGGAACCAAAGAUGGAUAACGGCGGAAGAAGUUCUCGGGUAAAUUAAAACUUUCAAUUCAAUAAAAUAAAAAUAAUACAUGUAAAUUACUUAAUUUAAAAUUUUAUAUUAUGAAGCGAUGGAACAAUUUUACCAACCAUUGAAAAGAUUUUCUCUGAACAUUAUCCUACCGAGGCUUGUGCCACGUAUGGUCUAAUGUCAAAAAAGCUGCGGACUCAAUACUUUGACCAGUUCACGGUAAUGUACUAAAUUAAUAUUUUCUAUAAAUAAUGAGUUUGACAAAUAAGUUGUUAAAUGUGUUAAUUAACAAUAUUUAAUUUGAUGAAGCAUGAAUAUAUGUGGAAUCCGAUUGAGACGGAUGAGAUUAUGAAGAACUUUCAUACUAGUGCAUCGGGUUGGCUCACUUUUACAUUUUCCCAUGUCCGAUUCGACAAUACCAAGCAGGAAUGGAUUACGGAUGCUGUGUGGCAGACUCUUUUGGAUUACUGGGAGAAUAAUGAAACAUUUAAAAGAUACAGUGAAGCAGGGAAGAAGAACAGAAACUGCCCAAAUGCAAAGAAUACCCAAUGGCAUGGUGGACGUUCAUCAACGUUUGACCAUAAUAAAAAAUUGGAAGAAAAGAUGAAGAAGAAAGUUAGGAGAUUGGUACUUUUGAACAAGUGUUGGGCUCCGAAAUCUGGGCCACUUCCACCCCGUAUUGCCGAGAUAACGCAUAAUUAUGAAGAAUUGAUGACUGAGAAGUUGACUGAAAUUGCUGCCGCCGGGGGGUGAAGUUGUUGAGGAGGAGAUUGAUGACGAUGCAAUCAUCGUAUAUAGUAUUGGUGAUCCGGUGAAGGGGCGGUUGCGGGGAAUGGGCUCACUCUCUCGCUCCAUUCUAAGAAAAUCCCGUGGUUGUGGUUCUUCUCAAUCCGGACCUUCUCGGAAAGAUAUUGAUGAGUUAUGUGAGGGGUUAAAAAGGCAGCACGAGAAAGAAGAAGCCCGAGAAGCUGAAAUGCGGGAAAUGCGGGCUUUGGUUGUUAAAUUAUCGCAACAAUCUCAAAUGGUCGGGGUGGGCGGAUAUAACCAAGGGUUCUCACAAAUACCCUUUGGCAGUUGCUAUUCCCAGCCCGGCAGUCAGCUUUUUUUCACGACACCGUCGAGUGGGAUGUCGCGAGGGGGGAUGCCAGGGAUGCCGGGUGGAAUGCAAGGGGGGCAGCCGGUGGGGCAGCCUGGUCACUAUGGUCAGCCCGGAGGUCAGCCCGGCGGUCAGCCCGGAGGUCAGCCCGGCGGUCAGCCCGGAGGUCAACCCAGAUUUCAACCUGGAAGUGAUUUUGAUAUCAGGGGAUAUUUUGCGGAUCACGAUGAUGAUGCUCAAUUAUAAUUGAGUUUUUUUAAAUGUAUUCGAAUUUUUGUUACGGAAAUAUCCGUUGUAAAACAAUUUUUUUUAAUGUUUUGCGCGCGCGCGCACACAUAUAUAUAUUAAGGAUCACAUACAAACUCAUCUUAAUUUACAAAAUACAAAUUAAUCCUAA